AUUGAGCUUUCCCCCAUAGGCUAGUUACUAGUUAUAAUUUGAAAUUCAGGGAUUUUUUUUUUAGGUAAGGCUCCUCGAGUGAGACGUGGACGAUGAUAUUAGUGUGAGCUUGUCGUGUCGCGUUUGUCCACUUGUAAAGAUCCUCAUAUUUAACACAUUUGCAUGGACACGCCUAUACUGUUCGUUUAAAUUCCAGAGAAAGAAAAAGCCCUACUGUCGGCACUCGGGAUUGUCAAUUCAACAGGUUUGGUCUGCACAGGCAGUGUGUCGCAUUUGAAACAGUCGACUUCCUGAAGACAGCACGACGGGACAAGACAUUAGACUGCUAAACCGGGAUAGACGCACUCAGAUCAGAUUGCUCUCUUGUGCUAAAUAGGCAUCAAACAUGACUACCAAAAUCCAAAUAAAAAGCCCCAAUGUGAGAUACACAGAGAAGUACAUUGAGGCUCAGUACUCCUACCACACCGAAUCUGUGUCCAGAGAUGAGAGCAUGUACACAGUAACACCUGCUACCACUCAGUUCACCUUUCGCACUGAGAGGGCAGUACCCAAGCUGGGGGUGAUGCUGGUGGGCUGGGGAGGGAACAAUGGCACCACUGUCACUGCUGCGGUCAUGGCCAACAAGCUGGGCAUGAGCUGGAGAACAAAGACUGGCAUGAAGGGCGCUAAUUACUUUGGCUCGUUACUACAAGCCUCCACAGUGUGUUUAGGAUCGGGCCCAGAGGGAGAUGUCAACGUACCCUUCCGUGAUCUACUUCCCAUGGUGCACCCUAAUGACAUCAUUUUCGAUGGGUGGGAUAUCUCCUCCUUAAACUUGGGCCAGGCGAUGGAGAGGGCUGAGGUACUGGACUGGGCUUUACAGGAGCAGCUGCGGCCUCACAUGGACCAGCUGAAGCCCAGGCCCUCCAUAUAUAUCCCAGAAUUCAUUGCUGCUAAUCAGAGCCUCAGAGCUGAUAACCUUAUCCAAGGAACCAAGGCAGAGCAGGUGGCACAGCUCAGGAGGGACAUUGGUGACUUCAAGCAGCAGAGUGGUGUGGACAAAGUCCUUGUUCUGUGGACUGCCAACACAGAGAAAUUCUGUGAUGUCAUACCCGGCGUCAAUGACACUGCUGAGAAUCUGCUUGCAACCAUCCAGAAAGGAGGUGAGGUUUCUCCCUCCACACUUUUUGCAGUAGCCAGCAUCCAGGAGGGCUGUGCGUACAUCAACGGUUCCCCACAGAACACCUUUGUCCCUGGGGCGGUUGAGCUGGCCGUGCAGAGGGGCGUCUUCAUUGGAGGAGACGACUUUAAAUCUGGCCAGACCAAAAUUAAGUCUGUUCUGGUAGACUUCUUGGUCAAGGCAGGCAUCAAGCCAAUGUCCAUCGUCAGCUAUAAUCACCUUGGCAACAAUGAUGGAUUGAACCUAUCAGCUCCGCAGCAGUUCAGAUCCAAGGAGAUCUCCAAGAGUAAUGUAGUGGAUGACAUGGUGCAGUCCAACCCUUUGUUAUACGGCCCUGGGGAGAAGCCAGACCACUGUGUGGUGAUCAAAUACGUGCCAUAUGUGGGCGACAGCAAGCGUGCUAUGGACGAGUACGUGUCUGAGAUUAUGAUGGGUGGCACAAACACCAUCGCUAUUCACAACACCUGCGAGGACUCCUUGCUGGCUAGUCCAAUCAUCUUGGACCUGGCUAUCCUAACAGAGCUGUCCCAGAGGAUCACCUUCUGCACAGAGACUGACCCCACUUUCCAGACCUUCCACAGUGUGCUCUCUCUGCUCAGCUUCCUCAUCAAGGCCCCUCUUGUCCCACAGGGGGCGCCUGUGGUCAAUGCCUUCUUUCGCCAGAGAGCUUGCAUUGAAAACGUCAUGAGGGCAUGUCUCGGCCUGCCGCCUCAGAACAAUAUGCAGCUGGAGCACAAGAUGCAGAGAACCCUCCUGCUGAACCGUGAGGACCAUGUCCUCAAAGCUGUGGCCACCAAAAAGAACAAAGUCGUCCAUGCCAACGGAUUCCACCCGUUAUCCUGCAAUGAAGUCAAUGGAUAUAAAAUUGAGAAAACCGAGCACUGAAUAAGAUCCAUCCAUAGUGUGGAGUUAUGACCUGCAUGUAAUCACCGUAGGCUUCUGAGUAGAUUAGCAUGUGCGUUUAUUUAGAUUUUUGACAGGUUUAUAGCUACUUUUGAAAUAUGUUUAUGAUAGGCCUAUGUAUCAAUGCUUCACCACUCUUGCUUAAAGAAAUACAUCUAGAAAUUAUUGACUUUAUUGCUGAAAACAAACAGCUGUUUAUAGGUCAUUAUAGCAUAGGUAUGUAUUUUUGUUUCUUCUUUCGUUUAUUCACAUUAAUCCCAUUCGUCUUUUAAAAUACAGAUACUGAUUUUUUUUUUGUCUGUGUAAGCAAUUUAAAAUUAUUAUUAAGGCAAGGUAGGCUAAACUUACAUAUCUGGAAACAUUUUGAGCUCAUUUAGUCAGCAUUGUAACAAUAGUAAUUGUGUCCGUACGGACCUGUUUUGAGUGUGACGCCUGAAGUGAGAGUCGGACGUGAGAUACACGUAGGUUGUACUGUAUGUGUGUGAAGUCAUGUGUAAUUCAAUAAAGCGUUGUUAUUAAAGUUA